AGCUUUUUGGGCUCCAACUGCUGUUGGCAUAGAAGAAGAAGAAGAAGAAGAAGAAGAAAUCACAACAAAGCAGGAUUUUUAUAAAGUCAUCUCCUUUCUCCAGUCAUUCCUCUGGAAACCCUAGAAGCGAUGAAGCUUCCUCGUUAGAGACAUACGCUUCAGUAAGAUUUGUUGAUUUGGGAGGAGAAAGAAGAGAACCACGCUCUCUCUCUCUCUCGCUAGGGUUUAUCUCUCUCUUUGGGGUAAUGGUGUCGCUCCUUCCUUGAAUUCACACUUUCCCAGCUGACAGUUAGUAUUAUUCUGUGGCCUAAAUUACGGGUGAAAAUGAGUGGUUCUGGGAGAAAACGUGUUUCGAAGUGGGAUACCAAGGAAGAAGAUACUCAGCAUCUUACUGGGAAUGAUUACAUUGGGAAAUCAGCUUUCCGUGACAAUGAUCCCGAGCAUGCACGGUUCUAUCCAGAGGGUAAUGGUAGAAAUGGAAGUAGGAGGGCUGGUCCGGAUGACGACAAUGAGCAUCUGAAAUCUAGACAACGCUCUGGAGAAGCUUGGCCAUCCAGAAGCAGAGUUUCACAUGACGAUGGUGAUGCCAUGAUGGGUUACUAUGAUGAUCCUAGAAACUCUUCUGAAAAAGAUGAAAGCAGGCAACAGUAUAUCCGCCAAUCAGCUUCCAAGGAACGGGCUAGAACCCGUAGGAGUGGAAGUAGAAGUAACAGCAGGAGCAGGAGCCGAAGCCCAUCGCAGAGAGUAAGGCGAGAUGGAGGAGGAUCCUAUGACAGGCACAAGACGAGAGCACGGGUUUCUCCAAGGUCAGGAAGAGAGUUUGAUGGUAGACACAAUAAAGCUGGUGACUAUGAUUGGGAGGGUAAUAAUAGAAAGACAAGGGAUACCAAAUAUUAUACUGAAGAUUCCCGGGAACAACACCCCGUAAGGGUCGGUGGCAGAACUGACUAUAGCUCUAAUUUUCCGGAGGAUAAUACUAAUUCAAGAAGAGAAACUUCAGAUCCAAUCUCGAGAAACUACAGAAAUGAAGCAGCGAGAGACAGAGAAACACAUAGAAGGGAUGUUCCCGAGGGAGAAUUCCACAGGAGCUCCAAUAUUCCAUGCAGAUUUUUUGCUUCAGGUUCAGGGUACUGUCGCAAUGGAAAUAAUUGUAGGUUUUCUCACCAUGGGGCUCCUUCUGCAAGGGGAAGCCCUGAGAGAAAGCCGCAAGACGAGAUGUAUAGUAGACAUGACAACAAUAAUCAUAGUGGCCCAACAGAGAGGAUGAGGAACAGUCAUAGAUGGAAUGAUGUCGAAAGAUCAGAUGCAGGAAAGUCCACUGAGGCCGAAAUUUCUCGUGUCAGUAAAGGUAUGUCUGACGCAAAGGGUAAUAAUAGCAGCUGGAUUGAUGAUAUGGAGAUGUCUCCAGAUUGGAAUUACGGUGUUAAAACUUUAACGAAACCUGUGAACGAAGAACAUGGUGGCAUGUCUCAGAGCUCACAGUCACGAGUCCUUAAAGAUACUUUGGCACCUGCUUAUGAGCAUGGUGUUGCAUCGAUAGCUCAGCAAGAUGGAAAUCGAAGGACUGUUGGUAUGUUUUCAACCGUGGGUGAAAAUACUGUAGCUUCUUCGCAUCACAACAAUUUCAGUAACAACCUAGCUACCCCAGCUCUUCCAGUCCAAGCAUUCAAUCAGAACAUUGAAAAUCAUGUUGCAGUGCCUUACCAAAGCACACCACUAGCUGUUGGAGGAAGCCAGGUGCUGCUACCUGCUGCUCCAAAUCUUCCCGGUGGCUUAAACUCGAGCAAUCCUGAAAACGGAAACGCUCAAAACACUGUGAGUAGGGAAGAGCUUAAUCAUAUUAGCAACAUCUCAGCAUCUCUAGCACAAUUUUUUGGUAAUGGGCAGCCAAUUCCGCACCUUCAAUCUACAUUGAAUCCCAAACAGGCAAUACAGGUGCCUGAAGUAUAUGGAGUAAAGGAACAAUCUUCACAUACUCAGGGUGACCUCCCCAGUAAUAAUUCCAUCCAUACCGGAGGAGUUCCACUGGUUCCUGCAUUACAGAUACCUAACAGCGAGGCACAGCAAGUGCGGAUUCCUGAAAACUUGGUCUCAUUAGCUUUAAAUCCAAAGGCUUCAUCUGAGGAAAACCGGGACAAAAAGACAGAUGAUGAAGCUAGCAAAAAGCCAGACGGGAAAAAGACUGGAGAAGAAGAAGACACCGCUGAGGAUGCUGAGAACGUAGCAGAGGAAGAAGAAGAAGAUGAUGGGGCGGGCGAUGAGAACAACAAGAAAGAAAAAGAUCCCAAGGGAAUGAGAGCGUUUAAAUUUGCUCUGGUGGAGGUUGUUAAGGAGCUUCUAAAACCUGCUUGGAAAGAAGGUGGGAUGAACAAAGAUGCAUACAAAAACAUAGUCAAGAAGGUCGUUGACAAAGUUACAGGAGCAAUUCAAAGCGGAAACAUUCCUCAAACUCAAGAGAAGAUCGACCAUUAUUUAUCAGCAUCAAAACCAAAGCUUACCAAGCUUGUUCAGGCGUACGUUAGCAAAGUUAAGAAGAGCUAAUUUAAAUGGAACCUCCAUUGUUUCUCUAAAUACAAAAGCCACCAUAGAAGCUAGAGGAGCUGAGAAAUGUUGUUAAAACCUUCUACUUCUCUUUGAAGUAGGUGAAGAAUCAAGCAAGCUCAUGUUUGCUUCCUGUCUUCAGUUGUAUGUAGAUAUUCCUACAGAGAUUUUGUCUAGACAAAAAAAUAGAAAAUUUGUUUUUUUUUGGUUGAAUUUUAAUAAGUUAGCAGACAAAAAGGUUUCAUUUAUCGGUUCUGUGUUGUCAGAAUAUAGAAAAGGUUAGAAGUCAGAUGAUGAUGAUGGUGGAUGAUCAAUCUCUUUCUUGACAUGCUGAUUUCUUUUUUUGUCAUGUAACUCUUUUUGUUCUUUACCCGAUUUGAUCUUCUUUAAAUCUGAACUAUUUGCUCCA